GUUUACCUUUCUUUACGACUUUCAGCCUCUCUGAAGGUUUUUUUUAUUCUUUUUAUUCUUUCUAUUUUUCUGCACGGCGAUUCAGCUGGCCUGGAACCUCUCGUUGUGUCGAGACUCCGGCAGUCUUCGGUAUAGCAGAGCCACUGUCGUUGCAUUCAAUUCUUGACUGUCGACCAGUCAUCGUUCUUUUUCUUUCUUCUUUUCUUUUACGAGCAUAAAUACUGAGUUCGACUCGGCCGAAUGCCAUCGCAACGCUCACUUUAAUCCUGUCCGGGAUAAUCUUGUUCCCCUCUUUAACCGGUACAUGAUGGAUCAUUCAUUAUUUGCCCCAGUUGCACGGUCCUUCGGUCAGAUGGACGAAAGCGAUGUUUUCAACAAGAGCAGCAAGGCGUUGCAAAAGACGCAGAAUUUUAUAUUCAAAUUAAUCCUGCAGGAGAGUAUAUCAGAACGAACAUCGACAAUGCUCCUCGUUGCAUUCGAUGCUGCUGCUGCUGCACUGGUGAUUGGUAUUAUUAUGUACGAUGCGUGGAGAGUAUACGAGCUGAGCCCUAUGCUUAAGUCUGAAAAGAAAUACCGAUUCCUACGCAUGCUACAUCCCGCAGACCUAGUACCCUUGGUUCUUGCUUCGGCAAUUAUUGUGCAAUCCUUGAUAUUUCUUGGUGUCCAAGGUACUGGGCUCAAAAGUAUCUUUGUGGGCAAUUGUCAGCAUAUCGCUCAAGCGGUCUUUCCAGCUGUAUGGAUUGUGGCCUUCACAAUAUUGACGUUUGGAGCGGAGACAGCAUAUAGAGGACUGCAAAGGGACCGCUUUGCGCCUCGAGGGAAGUGGAAUAUACCGAUUUGCUGUGCCGUAGCGUCGUUCCUAGUUAUCCUCACAUUGAUACCGACAGCAACAAAGCCAGUCAAGUUCCAUGAAUGUUUCGACACCCUGAUAUUUUUCAGUGCGUUCUGGGCAGAUGUCGCCUUUGCCAUAGGGUUGACGCUCAUCAUCCUUUAUAUCGGCAUCGGUGCUGUUGUAACUGUGCAGCUGCUCCGAACUGUUAAACUCGAUAGAGACGAGAGGGUUGCCGCUAGCAGAGUGGUGUACUAUCUUGCAGCUGGCGCACUACUUUUAGUCUUCAUUCUGCCUUUCUGGGCACUAUUCACAUUCGCUCACCGCGUUGGAGUAACAGCAAUGAUGGCCGUUGUCACUUUGAAUCUGUCUGGCUUCGUAUUCUUCUUUAUGCACCUAGUUCUUCGUUCAAAUGCGGAUAACCUAGCUAUCCGUCCUGUCAAUGCCCCGUGGCGGAGAAACCAAGGCUGGAAGUUAUUCGGUUCAAUGCCACUCGAUAUCGGACAACAUAUAACGACACCUUUGGAAAGGAAAAACAGCCUUGCUUCGAGGUUCGGUUACGGAAAUGAGAAAUCGUACUAUGGCGAUCACGAUGUGUCUGUUGUAUCAGGUGCGUCAGGAAACAUGGAAUCUGCCACGAGGCCAGGCACCGCUACAAGACCAGGUACAGCCACAAGACCGGCUUCAGCAAACAACGUCGAUACGCAGAAAUCCUUGCCGCCGCCUCCACCGCCACAAUAUCAGGAUACGAUUGUUUCGGGCCAUUCCAGGAAAGUGUCAAAUAACUAUUCAAUUUUCCCAGCUGCAGAAAGUACUCCAUCGGUUCUGCCGGCACAGACCACGUCCAGCAUGUACAGCAUGGGCAAUGGUAGCUUUUUGGUUCCACCACAACCCCCUUUCGCCAGGUCACACCAGCUGUACUCAUCUGGUGUUAGCAGUGCCACUGUUCAGAUUGGUCUGCGACUGAGUAAUGUCGGCAGUACACCACAGACAAUGAACCUGUCCAGCCCGUACCAGUCCCCAGCACAACAGUCGUUUAGUACGCAGCAAAACGACCGAGGAUUCUCAAGGCAGUCCUACGACGUCCCUUUCACGAUGGAUACCAUGAAGGAAAUUGAAGACUACUUGUCAGGACCCGAAAGUCAACGCAGAAGCGAGUCGCCAGGCCCAUACUACUCGGACAGCGAUGUAGGGAAUCACAACUCCUCCUCGUCCGGAAACACCAUAGACCGAGCAGCGAUCAUGAAGGUUCUCCCGCCACCACCUCCGCUCUCCCUCGCUCCUCGACAGUCUGUUCCUCCAGGUUCCGGUCUCUAUCGCCUAUCCGAAGCCCGCUCCCAGGAAAUAUCACCCCGGGAGGACGCUUGGCCCUCGGAGCCUUCGCUCGCGACAUUACCCCAAAAAUCUUACCAGCCUCAGAAUGACUGGUUGUGAUUCUUUCUGUUCAUGUCCUGGAGGUGGUAUCCGUGGCUGCCAUAUAAGCACAUGUUCGCUUAGCGAACUAUUACUCUUCUUCUGUACAAAAUUAAGCAUGUAUAUUCUCUUCUUUCGCAGUACGGUGACAUGCCAACCUAUGACGUCUUGCUCGAAGGCUCCCUAGUUAGUACCUUGCAGCGUCCAUGGCUGUCCUUGUGGUCACUUUCUGUUCUGUCAGAUUCGUGAUGAGUUGGCCCCUCAGAUAAAAGCUGGCACUCCUUUAGCGUUGGACUGCUUUGAGGGUUGCUAGUCAAACAGGCAAGGAUAGAAGCAGUCAUCCUGCUCACUGAAUGGGUAUCGUGACUAGACGA